AUGUCUCUCUCCAUCUUCCUCCUAUGGCUCUUUAGCAUCCCUCUUUCAUCCCAUUCACUUUCCGCUCCUAGAGGUUUUCCUUUAAGUUGUGGUUCAUCAGAAGAGAUAUUCGAAGGCAAUCUGAAAUACAUCCCAGACGAAGGCUAUAUAUCUGUAGGAAACAAAACAAGCAUAAAAAAACCUGGUUUGCUACCAUUGCUGUCUACAUUAAGGUAUUUCCCUGAUACAUCAGCUCGAAAGUAUUGCUUCGAGUUUCCCACGAUCAAAGGAGGGAAAUAUUUAGUAAGAAGUACUUAUUAUUAUGGAGGUUUUGAUGGAAGGAAAGAGCCUCCAGUGUUUGAUCAAAUUGUUCAAGGGACUAAGUGGGGUAUUGUUAAUACCACAGAAGAUUAUGCCAAAGGACUUGGCUCAUACUAUGAAAUUGUUCUCCUUUCUAUGUCUAAAAUUCUCAGUGUUUGCCUUGCAAGAAAUAAGCAAACUACUUCUAGUCCUUUUAUAUCAGCUCUUGAAGUGGAGUACCUUGAUGAUUCGAUAUAUAAUUCCACAGAUUUUUCCAACUAUGCUCUUAUUGCUCUUGCUCGCCAUUCUUUUGGAACUGAAGGAACUAUAAUUGGUUUUCCAGAUGAUCAGUUCAACCGGUUCUGGCAGCCAUUCAAGGAUCAGAACACUGUUGCAGAAAGUCGCUCUCCUGUAAUAUCUUCAGAUUUUUGGAACUUCCCACCAAAGAAAGCAUUCACAACAGGAAUUACAACAAGCAGAGGAAAGACAUUAAAUAUCCAGUGGCCUCCAAUGUCACUUCCCAGCACCAAAUACUACAUUGCACUCUAUUUCCAGGACAGCCGUGCUCCAAGCUCACACAGCUGGAGAGUCUUCACUAUUUCUGUGAAUGGAAAGCUUUUUUAUCAGGAUCUCAAUGUGACAACCAAAGGUGUAACUGUUUAUGCAUCAGGAUGGCCACUUUCAGGGCAGACUGAAAUUGUCUUCAUUCCAACUGAUGUUACUGCCGUAGGCCCUAUUGUUAAUGCUGGAGAAAUCUUUCAGAUUUUGCCUCUUAGUGGAAGGACUCUCACAAGAGAUGUUAUGAUAAUGGAAGAUUUGGCACGAACCUUUGACAAUCCACCUUCUGAUUGGAGUGGUGAUCCAUGCUUGCCUCGUGAGAAUUCAUGGACUGGAGUUACAUGUUCUCAAGAAAAAAUGGCUAGAGUUAUCGCUUUGAAUCUUACAAACAUGGGGAUCUCUGGGUCGCUGCCUUCAAGCAUAGGCAAUUUAACUGCACUCACUCACCUUUGGUUAGGCGAGAAUAAACUCUCAGGUUCCAUCCCAGACUUGAGCAUGUUGAAAGAUCUACAAACUCUGCACUUGGAUAAUAACCAGCUUCAAGGAUCAAUUCCUAAAUCUUUAGGCCAACUUAGGGUGCUUCAUGAGAUAUUCCUUCAGAAUAACAAUCUAACUGGCAAAAUCCCACCCUCCUUGCGGACGAAUAAUGACAUAAAUCUUCAGGUGUCCCCUGGAAAUCAUUUGUCUUCCUGA